AUGUCGGCGGGGCUGGGCAUCAAGCCGGGGAGGCUGCAGGAGGAGUUCGGCGGGGCGGAGGGCGCCGGGGUGUGCGUGCGGGUGAACUACUACCCGCGGUGCCCGCAGCCGGAGCUGACGCUGGGGCUGUCGUCGCACUCGGACCCCGGGGGCAUGACGGUGCUCCUCGCCGACGAGCGCGUGAGGGGCCUUCAGGUGCGCGGCCGCGGCGGCGAGUGGGUCACCGUCGACCCCAUCGCCGACGCCUUCAUCGUCAACGUCGGGGACCAGAUCCAGGUACCAACAGCUAAAAACUGA